AGGUCCAGGAUGACUUUCAUCUGCAGUUUGACAGCAGAAAUCUCCUCUGUCAUAAACUCCAGCGACUUCUUAAUAUCGUCGCCUUCCUCGGCUGACAGAACUUUUUUCGGGCCCAUGCUGAGAGACGCUCUUGUAGCGUUGCCGUGACGACCCGCUAGCUAGUUUGACACUAGCGUCCUUCGUCUAAAAUAUUCCAGGAGCGAUGAUUUAAAUUAAGCAAUGUUCACCGAGACGUUGGUGUUCCAGUUUACAUGUAUGAGUUUGUAUACCAGGCUGAGAUAUACAAACAGAACAGGCCCAGCUUUGUGAAAGCCGAUCACGCAGAUGAUGUCAGCUUGAUGUUUGGUGGAUGUUUCUGGAAUGGAAAUAUAAAAAUCUUAGGCAACAUCACCAAAGAGGAUGAGAGAUUUUGCAGGACGAUGAUGUCAUACUGGGCUAAUUUGGUCCGAGAUGGCUCUCCCAAUGGUCCUGGGCUGGUCAGCUGGCCUCCAUACAACAGGCAGAAGCAGGAGUACAUGGAGCUGGGCCCGACUCAGACUGUGAAACAGAAAUUGAGGAAGGAUAGGGUCCACUUCGCUACUGUCACCCUGCCUCAGAAGCUCCAAGAGUUGGAAGCAGCAGCCAAACUGGUGCCUGAAAACUGAUGACUGAUAAAGUUUUACAGCGACAAACAUCCAGAGUUAUUUACAGCCCGAA